CUCAGACUCCAUAGAUGUACCUAUCAAAAUGUCUUGGCAAUGGCGAGUGGUGGGAGGAAAGACAAAUGGUGGAAGAUGUGUACAAGAUAGUGCAGAAGAUGGAAAAAGGAAAUGCAUGUUAUAGGAAAUGAGUUUGUUACGAUGUUAUACAUCAGUUUGAGGGGAUGGGAUAGAUGUUCUUAACAGUGAAGAAUUUAAUAGUUGACAAAGCCUCACGAUUUAGAAAUGCCGGAGAAUGCUACAUCGUCGGAGUCCUUCAACCAGGAUGAUCCGCGCUAUAGAAUUACAAUGCCACAGCAAAUGGCAGCGUCGUGUACGGGAGCAUUGUUGACAUCUCUUGUAGUGACGCCAUUUGAUGUGGUGAAGACGAGAUUACAAACACAACAGAAGAGACUACUGUCAAAUAAAUGCUACUUAUACUGUAAUGGCCUUAUGGAUCAUUUAUGUCCGUGUGUCAGCAACGCAAAUGGUUCCCAGAUACCCAUACGAAUGCCUACGCCGAGCACACAUUUCAGUGGAACAGUGGACGCGUUCGUGAAGAUCGUGCGGUCGGAGGGUGUGACGUCACUGUGGAGUGGCCUGAGCCCCACGCUGGUGCUGGCGGUGCCACUGACGGUGAUUUACUUCACGUCGUACGAACAACUGCGGCUGCUGAUCCGCGACCGGCACGGUGGUGUGCAGCCCGUGUGGGGACCACUGGUGGCGGGUGCCGUGGCGCGUACGUGGUCCGUGUCUGUCGUCAGCCCACUGGAGCUGGUGCGCACCAAGAUGCAGUCGCGCCGCCUUUCCUACCUCGAGAUCGGGGAGGCUCUGAAGACUCUGUACCUGACCCGUGGGGUGAUGGGCUUCUGGCGCGGCCUGGGCUCCACACUGCUUCGUGACGUCCCCUUCUCAGCACUGUAUUGGCUGAAUUAUGAGGCACUCAAGAGCAAGUUCGGUCCACCAACACCGUCCAUCAGCUUCUCGUUCUUUGCCGGCGCCGUGGCGGGCUCGAUUGCUGCCAUUGUAACGAACCCGUUUGACGUGGUGAAGACGCACCAGCAGAUUGAUGUCGGUGAAAAGGAAAUCUACUCAGGCAAGAGGAAGCCCGGCGGCCCGUGGUCAGUUGUGGCCAACGCCAUGGCGGGCUCUCUCCGUCACAGCAAAGAUCCCCCGAAGCGAGGUAGCUCAAUGGCGGAAGUUCUGCGUCGCAUCUACUCGCAGCACGGCAUGCGUGGCCUGUUCGCAGGACUCACGCCGCGCCUCGUCAAGGUGGCACCAGCAUGUGCAAUCAUGAUCUCGAGCUUCGAGUAUGGCAAGAGCUUCUUCCGCAGGUACAACGAGCGUCGAACGCCACAGCGGCGAAUGCCGCAGCGGCAUGCCGGGCAAUACCGGACGACUGUAUCUGCCCCCGCACCUGGCGUGCAUACCAGGAAUGGGGCGAUGGAGGCGCCGGCGUGGCAAAGCCGCCGGUCAGAUGAAUAGGGUGGGGGAGGUUUCUGACUGGGUUGGAAAUUGUCAGCAGGCCGGUAGCGGUUUGAUCCCUCAGUCUGCCCUCAAAAGCGCAUGCCGGGCAAAUUUUUUAUCCCCUUGAGAGUACGAGUUGAUUGCUGCAUAUUUCAAUAUUUUUGGGAAAUUUUUUGUUCUCUAAAGUAUGCUAGGUUACAGUGAAGUCACUUCAUGUAAAAGCUAGAUGAUUUAUUUCUAUACCCAUCAGAAUAAAUAAUUUGUGAUGCAAAUAUUUUUCUUUUAUUAUGUUACUAGCUCUUGUUUAUUUCAUUAUUUGCCCCCUCUGGGAUGGUUUCCAAGGUUUCUGAUACUUCUAUUGUCUUCACCUCCAGUAUAAAUAGAAACGGCUUUAAAGUGUAUGAUAUUAGAAAAUUAUUUUAAAUUCUGAAUGAAAAUAAUAUUGAGGUAGUGAAAUCCACGAGAUGCCUCAAUUAGUAUUUGAAUUUCUUGUAAUUUCCUUCCUCUUAAAUAUUGUGCAGACUGUCAGGGGACUAGGAAAUAGGAUUUUGGUGUGAAAGAAAGCAAAAAUGAACACAACACAGCAAGUGAGAAUACACUAGAGGUGUGCAAAAAUGGAAGAAACAUUUCAGUGAGAUUUUUUUUAGAAAUGUAGAAAAUUGGAAUUUGUACGAGUACAGUGAGACUGAGUGCAAGUGGGAAGAGAGUAAAUCUCGUCAGUUUAGAAUUUGGUACAGUAUUGGCAGCAUUAUUUCUUCCUUACAGGAAAUUUCAUGCAUGUAUAGGUUUAAAUGUCGAUUGCCACUCAAUUGGGUAUUUUUGUGUCGAAUGAUUCUGGCAGACUGAUGUGAGCACAAAGUGGUGGAUGGGCAGGAUGUGGCAGCAGUGACCAGGGUUCCAUUGCGAGCAGCUGGAGAGAUCUGCCACAGGCUACACGGGUGAGACUCGAACCGGCACCCCCUUACUGGCCCGGUGAUAUUUGUUUUAAGCUGUACAGUUGCACGCAGGGAUUCCCUAUAUUUCUGUGCUCGGCGUGUGACACCCUUAGUUACCAAUAAUAAUAGUUUUCACCACAUAAAGGGUAACAUACUGGUGGAUGGGUCAGCUAGCAAUGUUUUCCCCAAAGGAUUUCCUGUUUAGAUUUAUGCUCUGUUAAUGGAUUUUAUAGAUUUUUAUGAUAUUAUGUGUAGUAAUGUGGCAACAGAUGUUUGUUAACCACUUUAAAAUGUAGUGUAUAUUCUGAAAUGCAGUGAUGUGACGAUGCACUGUAGCUGAUAUGUCUUGCAGAGCUUAUAUUUGUGGUUUCAUUUGGGCAUUUGUCCCAUAAAGGGAAAAACGGUGGCACGGCACAUCCUGUGCCUGUAGAUUUAAAGUCUGAUGUCAAUGUAGAAUUAAAAGGAGAGGAAGCAAGAAGAAUAAGAAAAAGCAACAGCAAAAUUGUGCACUUUAUUUCAAAUUGACCUAUAAAAUUGUUUUAAAUGUCGAUCACAGGAGUCUUACUAGUGUUGAGCAAGAUGAAGGUCGCACUGGCAGAUGUUGAGUUGCUCUAUUAACUGCAAGAUAAUUUACUGUUUGUGAGAAUGUUAUGUUAAAUCAUUAAGAGUUGUGACUGGAGAUUCACUUGCAUCACAAUAUCCCACUUGUGCAUCACGAAUGCUGACUUUUAAAUUUUAUGUGUGGGAUUUAAUUACCUAAAAAGACUGUUGAGAAGGGCGUGUUACAUGUACACAGUAAUAAUGUAUGAAUAAAGGUCUGUGAAAAUGGUAUUUUGAGUGAAUUCAGGAAGUAUUUGGUCUGAAAUUGCUUUGUCAGAAUCAGUGGAACUGUUUUUUGUGCUUCCUUUAUCAUGUACUGCCAGCAAGGGGAAAAGUGCACUUACUCUCUGUGUGUGUGUGUGUGUGUGUGUGUGUGUGUGUGUGUGUGUGUGUGUGUGUGUGUGUGUGUGUGUGGAGGGGGGGCGAGAGAGAGAGAGUGAGAGAGAGAGAGAGAGAGAAGGAAAAGUGCAUAACCCACAAAUUUAAAAAAAUCUAUUAUUAAAAAAGGCCAGUAAGAAUAAUAUGAACACCUGAAUGAGCUGCUUCUACAUCCACUCUCCAGUGAAUAAUUUCUAUUUUAAGGGAGUAUAAAAAUCUUGCAGGCCCACCACAUAGAAGAAACGUCCUUAUUUCAAUUUCAUCUUUUUAUCUGUCCAGAGUUAGUUUUAGGUUUUUAUUGGUGGUUGACUCAUUCCAGUGAAUAGAUUUCCACCAAUGCCUUUUCUUUCCUGCUCUGCUACAAUGAAAUAAUUGUAAUGUUCUUGUAGUAUACCAUUUGUAACAAACUGUGAGUUAAGUACAUAUUUUCCAUUCCUGGCAACAAGAGUCAUACAUUCAAACUAUUGUCCAGUUGUACUUCCUACUUUGUUACUCAGUACAAUAGAACCCUGACAUUUUUCGUUGCUCCUAACUUGAAUUUAUGUCAUUUCCCCUUCACUUUGAAUACACCUUCCUGUUUCCAAUUUCUAUACAGGAGAACACACUCACUUACAAAUUGGUGUCAUUUUGUUUCUUAGUUAAUUUGUGCUUAUCACUUUAUGCAUUUCACGCAGUUUUCUCAAGUUGUGUGUACUACUCAACACAUUGUAAACUUGGAUGUAUUAUUACUUUGGCAGUGGGUAGAUGGAAUACUCUGUUCCUUUUACAUACAUUUUUCAUGCAGUUUUUAUGGGAAAUAUAUUUCUUUUAUAAACUUUGUACUCUAUAAAAUACUUAUAAUAAAAUGUUUGAGAACACUGUUAA